AUGACGACCAUCACAGAGACUAUACCAGCAACGGUCUCCACCAGAGCAGUGGACCUGACCAAAUUUCCAGAUGGCUUUAAGACGUCAGGUCAACAUCCGCCUGUCUACUCUCAAGUCCGCCCUUAUUUGGACUUCCCAAAGCAGAUCCAGGGAUCUACCGUAUGGCAGGCUGAGAACUACUCUCAAGCCCCGGAGAAGUGGACUCAUCGGUUCACCGAAGAAGAGAUACAAGAAAUUAGCGAUGCGUCAGAUAAAUUCAUUCAAGACAGGACACCUCUCGAGGGUAUUUCAAAGAGUAACUUUCCCCUCCCUAAGCUUUCAAAUCGUCUGGAGGAGCUCCGGAGGGUUCUGAUCGACGGGACCGGUUUCUGGCUAUUCAGAGGCAUCCCUGUGGAUGAAUGGGACCUCCAGAAGUGUGCCACGGCAUACAUGGGUCUUGGAACCUACCUUGGAUAUUUCACGAGCCAGAAUGGUCGUGGCCAUGUCCUUGGUCAUGUCAAGGAUCUCGGCGAGGACCCGACUAAAACCGAAAGAGUCCGUAUCUACCGCACCAACGCUCGUCAGUAUUUUCACACUGAUGGAGCCGACAUCGUCGGGCUUCUAUGCAUUGCCAAAUCUAAAAUUGGUGGCGAAUCCGACAUCGCGUCGACACACCAUGUGUUUAAUGUUCUUCAGGAGAGACAUCCGGACGUGAUCGAAACCAUGGCCACCCCUAAUUGGUACUUCGACCGUAAAGGCGAGGUCUCUGAAGGUGAGGAGGAAUGGAUCCGCGGAUCUAUCUUGUACCUGGAGAACGAGCGUGCUGGCGCCAACCCUCGUGUUUAUGCCAAGUUUGAUCCGAACAACCUUACCUCAUUGUCUCGGUACAACUCCGGCCCGGACGCCAAAAUUCCCCCUUUGUCUGAGAAGCAAAAGUACGCUCUGAAGAUUUGGGAAGAAACCUGUGCCGAGCUGGCGCUUCACAUGGUGCUUUCACCCGGUGAUAUCCAGUUUGUUAGCAACUCUCAUGUCUUCCAUGCGCGUACUGCCUACGAAGACCACGCUCCCGGUGCUGUGGACGAGAGCGGGCGUCCUAUCCGCGCGCGUCACUUGAUGAGACUUUGGCUCUCUGCGCCUGAGUCUGAGGGUGGCUGGAAGCUUCCUUUCCAUGACUCGCUUGAGAAGAAGCGGGGUGGUAUCCAGGUCAAUGAUCAGCCACCCUACUGCCCCUUGGAUGCUGAGUAG